CGACUCAGUCACGGGUGCGCGCCCUACAAGUGAAAGCGAAAGGAUGUGUGGUACGAAAGUGACGCUUCCCCGCAUACGCUUACAAAUGUCGCAUCUUUCUGCCUUGCGUAGUUAUUUUGUAAACAUUCGCGAGGCUUUACCCGACGGAUUUUCCUCUGAACCUUCCGGGAGAAGUGGACAUGCAUGUGCUGGUUAUUUUUAUUUUCGUUACGGCCGAAUAUCACCAUAAUAUUGUGGGAGCGAGCGGUGUGUGUGAACCCCUGAUUCAGGAAAACAACACAUUGCCUGUUAACUCAACUUCAAUGCCUGUUAACACAAGAAUACGCACUCCGUGUAAGGAAGGCUACCUAAGGAAGCCAGGAACAUCCAACAUGUACCGCUGCGCUGCAAAAGGCGGCAAACUAAGCUGGAUAAAUGACCUUAAACUUGAGUGCAUACCUGAUCCAAGAAUACCCCCUGUAAAAGAGCCGCCUGUAACAAUGGCCAGUGAGAUUUCCUCUUCAACAUGGAGCACAAGCAGACAAAAUAUAACAACAGGGUCACCACCUACCCAAUCAAGCACACUUAGUACAACAACAGUAACAACAGAUGCCCCAAGAACUGAGCUAAAUUUAACAACAUCCACCACCGAAAAAAUACAAACUAUCUGUGUUACAAUCAAGCCAAAAACAGAAGCCACAAAUGAAGGUACCACAAACGAAACAACAACCUACCCGACAACAGAGCCGUCUGUAAAUAUGACCAGUGAGAUUCUCUCUUCAACACGGAGCACAAGCAGACAAAAUAUAACAACAGGGUCACCACCUACCCAAUCAAGCAAGCCUAGUACUACAACAGGAGCCAAUACAUCUACGAACACAUCAGCCUCAGAACAUAAUCAGCAGAAGCAACAUGAUAGAAACGCAUCAAUCAUAGGUGUAGCUGGAGGAAUAAUUCUUGUGUGUCUAGUAGCAGCAGCAGCAGUACUUUGGUGGAGAUGUAAACGUCGAGCCACUAACCCGGCAAAUGAGAUUCAGCUAGACCACACCAACUAUGCCGCCUGUAUUACCUACAUACCUGUACCAGUCUCUGAACAUUGUUCAGCUGAACCACCAGACAUGGAUGCCGCAGCCAACAAGUCCACAACAGACUCACAGACUGAGUGAACAAAUAAAGCUUCGCCCUUGAUGUGGACACGUUUGCCAAGCUCCUCCCACAGACAUGGUGCUUCUUAAUCAUCUAAUUGAUGCUAUUUUGGUUUAUCACUCUUCCGUCCUCUAGCCUGAGACCCUAAAAUCGACUGACAUACAUGCAAUUGAGAAGCACCCAGAAGACUUUACUCUUGCACAUACCCCUGUAUAAUGUAUCUCAUCUCACUUCUUGCUUUUUAAGCAUUAUGAUAAAAUAAAGUUUUUAUAUUGUUUUUAAAAA